CAGACAUGAAGGAUGAUCUUCCGUGUUCACCGCUUGAUGGUGCCGUUGUUUCGGUGCCGAACAGACAAUCUUCUGCAGGCUCUUCGCUACGCUGCUCAAUUCGGCGCCCUUCGCUACCGACGGUGCUCUCGCAAGAGCGGAGUUCACCAUGCCCUUAACCCAGAUCCAUACAGUGGAGUCUUUGGUUCAGACAGGGAGAAGUAUGCAAGAGAUGUUGAAGAUCUCAUUACCUUUGGAACUUCAGGGCAUGUAGCUGGUUUUAUUUCUGAAGCCAUACAGGUGAACAAGCUUCAUGAAGUGUGUUGAAGAUUUCAUAGC